AUAUUUAUGAUGGAAUUCGUGGACUUAAAGUCAAAACGAAUAAGCAAGGAGCAGAAACAAGUGCUGGUCCAGCAUAUGGAAGAGCAUAAAGAUUUCGCUCAUGACAGAUUUGUGUCAGAUCAUGGUGCGCGAAGUCUUAAUGAACAGUGGAGCUCUCUAGCUGCUAUUUUAAAUGCCGUUGGUGGAGCAGUUAAAGAUGCCAAUGGUUGGAAGAAGGCAUGGGUCAACAUGAAAUCCAAAAGCAAGAAGAAAGUACAGGACUAUAAACAUGCAAUGGGACUGACUGGAAAUGCGUCCGUUGGCAUUAAGGAUUUAACUGAUCUAGAUGAACGGAUUAUUGCAGUAAUGCAUCCAGUAGCGGUGCAAGGCACGGAAGAUGUCUGCGAGCCAGCAAUGCACUUUGAAAGUGACAUUUCAGGUUGUUAUGAUUUAGAGUGCCUUGACGAGGGAAAGGAACUUUCAAGCGGUUCAGGUCCAUCUGUUGGGGGUAACGAUGAGGGUUGUGUGCCUAUUCGACUUAUUCGUCCAGCCAAGCAACGAAAGUGA